UCAGAGCAGAAUUGGAUAGCGGGCAGCUCGGAAUGAUUUGUGCACAAAUCCACUAGCAAUUUUAAGUGAAACUAGAAGAUUGGAAUGAGAUAAUUCAAGCAAUUCGCAAAAUGAACAUGCCCUUUGUGUAUCGUAGGUAACCGAUUUUAUCGUUCAAAAUUAUCCAAAUAUCGUUUAAUUGAAUAUUUUCCGGGCGUCCAAGCACUGAAAAAUUGCAAUGCAUUGACUGGAAAUGAGACUUAAAACAUGUUGCUUGCUAAAAUGCGAGAUAGUAUGCUGCGUAUUAUCGUGGAGUCUCGUUUUGGGGCAGAUUCAUUAUUCGAUUCCUGAAGAACUGCAAAUAGGCGCCUUAGUUGGAAAUAUCGCAGCCGAUUUGGGAUUAGAUUUAGAGCAGCUCUCGUCUCGCAGUUUGCGGAUUUCACCCGGGUCUAGGAAGCUGUAUGUGGACGUGAAUUUUAAAAAUGGAGAUUUGUUUGUGAAGGAAAGAAUUGAUCGCGAAAACCUUUGUGCAUCGAGUCUCACUUGUGUAUUAUCCGUGGAUGCUGUGCUUGAACAUCCCUUGAAUUUGUAUCAGGUUGCAGUUGAAAUUCUCGAUGUAAAUGACAAUGCUCCCAGUUUUCCAAAAAGCCAGUUCCGCCUCGAAAUCUCAGAGGCUGCUGCAACUGGAGCUCGUUUCCGCCUCGAGUCCGCUCAUGAUCCGGACAUUGGAAAUAACUCCAUACAAACAUAUCAGCUGCUUCCGAACGAUUACUUUACUCUCGAUGUACAAAUGCACGGCGGGGAAAGAAAGCUACCCGUAUUAGUGUUACGGAGACCAUUAGAUAGAGAAAAAGUGCCGAUGCACAGGUUAAAUCUCAUAGCCAAAGACGGCGGGUUUCCAAUAAGGUCAGGUACUGUUCAAGUUGCAAUAAUAGUCAAAGAUGCGAACGACAACGCGCCUGUUUUCCCACAGUCAGUUUAUAGAGUCAAUGUCUUGGAAGCAGCAACGGUGGGAACUCGAAUAAUCAGAUUAAACGCCACUGACUUGGACUUUGGCAAAAAUGGAGAGAUAAUAUACUCGCUCAGUAGCCAUAACUCUGACAUCGUUCGGGAAGUUUUUGAGGUGGAUUCAAAAACUGGCGAAAUCAGAGUGAAAGGAAAGUUGGACUAUGAAGAAAACAAAGCCUUUGAAAUUAACGUUCAAGCAAUGGACAAGGGAUAUGAUGGAGUGCCUGGUCACUGUGACGUGCUGGUAACUAUUAUUGAUGUGAAUGAUAACCCUCCUGAAGUGACGUUGGUGUCUUUGUCCAGUACAGUUUCGGAAGACGUUCCAGUUGGGACUGCGGUCGCUCUGUUCAGUGCAGCAGAUAAAGAUUCAGGACAAAGUGGGCACGUACAAUGUCAAAUUUCAGAUAGAUUGCCAUUUAAAUUAGAUUCAUCCUUGAAAAACUAUUAUAGACUCCUUGUUGAGGAUCUACUGGAUCGGGAAAAUAUUUCCAAUUAUGAUAUUACAUUAAGCUGCACGGAUGCAGGAAACCCUCCUCUCACAACGACGAAAACCAUCCAAGUAGACGUUUCAGAUAUAAAUGACAAUGUGCCACGGUUCUCACAACGUUUUUAUACUGCAAAUGUCAUGGAGAAUAACGUUGUUGGAAGCUCCAUAUUCUCAUUGACAGCCUUUGAUCCAGAUGUAGCUGACAAUGCUCGCCUGAAGUAUUCUAUUCCAGAAACUCGAGUUCAGAACGAUUCGGUAUCCACUUAUGUUUCUAUUAGCUCGGACACUGGUGUCAUAUUUGCUCAGAGACCUUUUGACUACGAGCAAAUGAAAAACUUUCAGAUGCAAGUUCAGGUCAGGGAUUCUGGAUCUCCAUCGCUAACCAGUAAUGUUUCAGUGAAUGUUAUUAUCCUAGAUCAGAAUGACAAUGCCCCCGUCAUCGUUCAUCCACUAACUGAGUUUGGAUCGACAGCAGUAGAGACAAUAUCCAGGUUUGCAGAGCCAGGAUACCUGGUUGCCAAGGUAUCAGCAACAGAUGCUGAUGCCGGUCAGAAUGCUCGCCUUUCUUAUUCAAUUUUUCAGGCUACCCAACAUAAUCUUUUUACUAUUUCAUCAAAUACUGGGGAAAUUUGGACUGCCCGUCGUAUUGUCAAUACAGAUGCUUCCAAACAACGAUUAGUGAUUGUGGUAAAAGACGCUGGAACGCCACCACUUUCUGCCACAGUGACAAUCAUCUUAUCUAUGGUGGGAAAAGAUAUAGAAACAUUUUCCAGCGUCAGCAGCUCGUCUGAAGGUCCAGCUUACACUCCUGAUCUGACCUUUACCUUGGUAAUAUCCUUAGGAACAAUUUCUAUUGUUUUUCUGAUUAUUUUGAUUGUUCUUGCUAUUAAAGUUCAUAAAAGCAGGGAAGCUUUAGGUGAUCGAUACUGUUCCCUUGGCGUCUGUUGCUGCGUUGACAAGAGGAAAUCACUGAAUGGAAUUCAAAAGGCAAGUAGAAACCUACAAAUACCCUCGAACUAUGUUGAAGUAUUUGGAGGUGACCCGCUUUCUCAACGUUUCCGCUACGAGUCAUGUUCAACCUUGCAAUCAAUGAAGACAGACUUCAUAACUUCGAACACAUUCAGGUCAUCCACAGACAAUAAUUUUAGUCGGAAUCAGUCUAACAGAAAGAAAAGCUUGGAAAUUAUUAACUCGCAAAAAUGCAACAACAUUGAUACAAACGAUAAUGCAGCUGUGUUUUCUCAGUCAACUUAUCGAGUCAGCCUAUUGGAAAGUGCACCAGCAGGAACGCGGGUAAUUAUCUUAGGUGCCACUGACUUGGAUGAUGGUCCCAAUGGAGACAUAGCCUACUCGUUGAGUAACCACACUUCAGGUAGAGCUCAGCAACUGUUUGGCGUGGACUCCAAAUCUGGCGAGAUAAAAGUGAAAGGGAAGCUGGACUGUGAAGAAAUCGCAGUUUUUAGCAUUAACGUGCAAGCUAUCGACAGCGGCACCGAUGCAGUGCCCGCACACUGUGGUGUUCUGGUGAAUAUUAUUGAUGUGAAUGAUAACCCUCCUGAGGUGACGUUGACGUCUCUGUCUCGCACUGUUUCAGAAGAUGCACCAGUUGGGACUGUACUUGCUCUGUUCAGUGCAACAGAUAAAGAUUCGGGCAGAAACGGGGAGGUAAAUUGUCAAGUUUCAAAUGACCUACCAUUUAACUUGGAUUCCUCUUUAAAGAAUUAUUAUGGAAUAUUCGUUCAUCAUCCACUGGAUCAUGAAAAUACCUCAAAUUAUGACGUCACCAUAGCAUGUACGGAUGCAGGAAAUCCUCCUCUAACAUCCGAGAAAACCUUUCGGGUAGUGAUUUCCGAUGUAAAUGACAAUAAGCCACGGUUCACGCAAUCUUCCUACACGGCAAACGUCAUGGAGACCAACGUUAUUGGUGCGUCUUAAUUUUCCAUCACAGCCUUUGAUCCAGAUGUGGGAUUAAACGCUCGACUUAAAUACUCAAUGCUGGAGACUCAAGUUCACAACGCUUCAGCAUCCACUUACGUCUCUAUUAACUCAGAGACUGGUGUCAUAUUCGCCUAGAGAUCUUUUGACUACGAGAAAUUGAAAAACCUUCAAAUCCAAGCACAGGUCAUGGACUCUGGUAUACCAGCGCUCGCGAAUAAUGUUUCAGUGAAUAUUAUUAUCCUUGAACAGAAUGACAAUGUUCCAACUUUCAUGCAACCAUUAGCCGAGUUUGGGUCAACAGUAACAGACACAAUAUCCAGGUUUGCCGAACCUGGCUACUUGGUUACCAUAGUAUCCGCCACGGACGCUGACGCCGGCCAGAACGCUCACCUUUCUUAUUCGAUUUUUCAAACUCGCCAGAAUAACCUCUUUGCUAUUUCACCAGACUCAGGAGAGAUUUGCACAAUCCGCCAUCUUGCAAAUAAACAUGUCGCUCAGCAAAGUUUGGUGAUUCUAGUAAAAGAUAAUGGAUCACCAUCACUUUCUGCCACAGUCACUCUCAUCUUAUGUGUGAUCGAUGGUGACACCAAAGCAUUUUGCAGUAUCAGUGACUCAUGUGAAAGCCUCGGGUUUACUUCUGAUCUGAGCCUUUCAUUGGUCAUCGCAUUAGGAGUGAUUUCUGUCAGUCUUUUCGCAAGUUUAAUUGCCCUCGCUGUGAAGAUUCGUAAAAGCAGAAAUGCUUUCGAUAAUCAUCACUCUUGCUUCGAUGUUUGUUGUUGCGUUCAAACAAGGUAUGCUCGGAAUGAUAUUCAAAAGGCGAGUAGAAAUCUUCAGAUAUCCUUAAACUAUGUUGAGGUUUUUGGAGGAGAUCCACUUUCUCAGAGGUUUCGUUACGAGUUAGGCUCAACAUUACAAUCUGCAAAGGGAGAAUUCAAAACCCUAAAAACAAUAACAAACCAAGAAUUGCAUCAGAAACGAGUCCAUUAGAAACAAAAGCACGGGAAUGAAUCAGCCUGAAUACUACAGCAACUCUGUAAUCAAAGAGGUUAAUAUAUGUAUUGCACAGAGAACAGAGUAUUGGAGGUGAAACUGAGUCUGAAGUCUGAAAAUGGAAA